AUGCACCAAUACUUUGAUCGCAAUCCGUCGAAAUGGAAUAUCGAAGACUUUUUAAAAGAAUGCGACUCGAAAACAACGAGAGCGAAGUUAAGUCUUUACAUCAAGUGCCUGGAGAAAAUCGUUAAUACUGAAGAAGGCCCAAGGCGCAAGAAAGCGCUGGAACUGCUUAAAAAUUAUAGGGAGGGGGAUAAAGUUGAUCGCAAACUUGCUAGGGAUUGGGCGUUGAAUUGCGAAUCAGAAAAAACGCCUUCGAUUAAUAUUCAAAAUACAUUUACGGGAGGUACUCAAACAAUUGGAACUGUCAAUGACAGAACAUUCAUUGCUGAAUUGUCCACAUCGCAAAAAAGAAGUCAAGAGGAGGAUAAUGAAAUUCCGGGCAAGCAGACAAAAAGAAAACUGCGCAAAACGAAAAGUGGAAGAAAGAUUCCUGAUUACUGUGAACUUUCCGACAAAGAGGAAAAUGAAAUUAAAUCGGAUCUUAAAGAGUCAUUUGAUAAAGAAUAUGAUAAAAUGAAGGACCAUCUAAAAUGGAAACUCAACUGUACAGGUCGAGUUGUAGAGGAUAUUUUAUAUGAGUGCAUGUCUGAUUUUACAUCAGAACACUUAAUUCAUUCCUUUACUAUAGACAUAGAUGACCCAAUAAUCCAAGGAAUCUUUUUUCCUCGGGAAUUGCAAGAAAUUGAGGAAACAAAUGUCAAAGAAGAUCCGGACUUAAGCUCCAAACUUUAUGAAAAUCUAGCACGUUUUUGUAAUAAGAAAAUCAUGAAAGAAAUUGAUCACGAAGAAUACAACUUUGAAGCGGAUACCCUUAAGUAUUCAGUUCACAGCCUGGUACGACAAUAUGAACGUACUCCAAAUGCUUUCUCUCUAGACCAUUACGAAGCAUGGUACAACGUUAAUGUCUGGGGACCCAUUAUCGAUAGAACCUUUGAUAAUAUACCAAACGUUGAUAUUGCUCGGGGUGAAUCGUCAAGCCUCGCAAGCUCCGAUCGAAAAAACAGAAACCGUACAAUAGAUACCCGAAAAAAAAUGGGUAGAAAAGGUGAUGCAAUAAUUAGAAAGUUGUCGGGGGGGAUGAAACUUGAAUUUGGAGGUUCCGAAGCCGGAAAACACUACGAGGGACAAGGUGCAACCAA